UUGUGAAAUGAUCUUUGAAUUGCUACACACAUUUUAAUCCAGAAUGAGGAUUUUUAAAGACAUGAAGGAGGGUUAAGUAGUUUUUAGGAGAGACACAAGGAGCUGCUACAAGAAGAAAUGCAAACGCCUCAAGUAAAAUAAUGGAGUUGUGUUAAUGUGUGAAUCAUCUCAACAGUUGUACGAGGAACAUCAAAUUGAAAGUGGUUUACUCACUGAGGCUGUUUUGGGGCGGUAAUUUUGUCCACUCGGCAAUGUGACUUCCCAUUUCAGCCUCAUGUUAGUGUUUGUAUGCUCUCCAUGUGUCCUGCGCUCAGUGCACAGCUGCGCUGCCAUGUAACCCCACAACACUUACACCGAAAAAUAACUUUUAGUGCGUAACCCAUGUGCUCCCGCUGGACGGCUGAAGAAGACGACGGAGCGAGAGGAGCAGCUAGUGGUUCCCGGCUGAAAAGUUAAGAAGAAGUGCUCAACAGCAGCCUGACACCAGCGCAGUGUUUAGGAUCCCGUUUGGGGAUCGGUCACCUGCUGCCUUGAAAGUGCUACGCUGAGAAGUUGCAUCACAAUGGAGACAAUCAUGAGAAGCCCUGCAUCGCACAACCAGUCGUCGGUGUUCACCACAAUAUUCAACUCGAGCUGUCGCUUUGACGAGGAGUUCAAAUACAUCCUGCUCCCUGUGUCCUACAGUCUGGUGUUUGUGGUGGGCUUCGUCCUCAAUGCUACUGCUCUGUGGUUGUUCCUUAAGAUGCGCCCGUGGAACCCCAGCACCGUGUUCAUGUUCCACCUCGCCCUGUCUGACUUCCUGUACGUCCUUUCCCUGCCAACCUUGAUCUACUACUACGCCAACCGCAGUCACUGGCCCUUUGGAGUGGCCGCCUGCAAAAUAGUGCGCUUCCUCUUCUAUGCAAACCUCUACUGCAGCAUCCUCCUCCUCACCUGCAUCAGCGUGCACCGUUACUUGGGUAUCUGCCAUCCAAUCAAGGCGCUGACCCUCGUGAAGUCCCGCCAUGCCCACUUGGUAUGCGGCAUAGUGUGGGCUGUGGUGAGCGUGUGCCUGGUGCCCAACCUCAUCUUCGUCACCACCUCCAGAAGGGACAAUGACACCCUGUGCCAUGACACCACCAGCCAGGCGUCCUUUGAGGAGUAUGUGGACUACAGCUCUGUGGUAAUGGUGCUGCUAUUUGGGGUCCCAUUCCUGGUCAUUAUGGUGUGUUACUUCCUGAUGGCGCGGACCCUGUGCCGAGCCAGACAGGGAUUAUCUUCCAGCCGUCAACGCACCGCCUCACAUCAGAAGUCCAUUAGACUCAUCAUCGUGGUGUUGGUGGUGUUUGCUUUGAGUUUCGUUCCAUUUCACAUCACAAGGACGCUCUACUACACCUCCCGUGUGUUAAAUCUUGACUGUGAAACCCUCAACAUUGUUAACUUUACUUACAAGAUCACAAGGCCUCUGGCCAGCAUCAACAGCUGUAUUGACCCAAUCCUGUAUUUCCUGGCUGGGGACCACUAUCGGUCCAAAAUGAUGUCUGUUCUGACAGCAACAAGACAGACAACGAGCAGCCAGACACCUGAACGUUCCCAAACACAGCGGAAAAAUAACCAUGACAUCGCUUUGGUGUAUAAAAACACAGCCCUUAAAGCCAGUGAAGAUUCUGAAAAAUAGUGGGAAAUCUAUUACAGAAAUCUGAAGUAUUUUAACAUGUAUGUAUUUGAACAUUUGUAACAAACUGUGGCAUCUGUUUGAUUUUCCUUUUUUUUUGCACUGAGAGAUUGAGAAGAUAAUGAGUUUACUGUACCAUUUACUUACAGUAUAUGCUUUCAGUUCAUCAAUGUUGUGUAAUGCCUGUGUUCAACAGGCAUGAAGACCAUGUUUUAACUUCCCUCACUCUCUUGAGGUUACUGUGUUUGUGUGAACUCUUUCCUUACUUACAGCCUUCUACCACAAUUUGAUUAUAGGCCAAAACUCCACCAAUAACAUACAGUAUUCACGCUGCUGUAUACUGUAUUUUGUAAGGAUAGAAAGAAUAACAGUAUACAAUGGCAGAAGACAUAUUUAUUUUUAAAUUGUGGGAACAGAAACUGAACCACUUUGUUCGUUCAAACUGUUUGACACCGUUGUUCACAGGUGCAUUGAAGUAAAUGAUUGCAAGUGAAUUGUUGUCAUGCAUUUUACAAUGACUGAUUUAAGUAUUAAAGAUCAUUUCUGACCAAAGAUGACAGACUCUUAUCUCCGAAAAUGAGGAAAUGAUGAGGCAAUCCUUCCUGUUGUAUCAACAAUGUCAGUGUAUAACCUAGAAACUGCAGUUAUGGUCAGUGCAGCUCCGGGUACCAGCUGUUUUUGUCCUUCAACUUUCACAGCUGUCUUUUGUUUGACUGUGGAGUAAAAGCAAAGAGACUUCUCCGUACGAGACAUAUCUUUUCAAACCACCCACGCCCCAUUAGGAGGAUAAGGGAUUUUCCUAUUUUCCCUUUUACCUUUGGGAUUGAUACAUGGAAUGUAAAGCCUGUUUUUCUUGAUGGUUUUGCAACAUGUGAAAGCAGCAUUUUGGAACUUAAUGACAGAGCGUUUUUCCCUCCACCCCUGUUUUUAAUGUUGACAUACUGUAUGAACCAAAGUUGUAGCACAUGUAUUCAUCAUUCGUUCAAGCUCUGUCACAUGUUGUGCUUGUGAUAUUUGGUGUGAGCAAUAUCUUUGAAGGUGUAUUUGUAAUUACAGUUAGAUAUCUAUCAUAAAGUCUUACAUAAUAGGUAACUUGUAUGUAUGUAUCAUAACAUGGUUUUUCAAUGUCUGUUUCCUCUUUUGCCAGGGUGUAAAUCUGCUGUGAUAUCACUAAACUCUGAUUUGUUUAGGGCAUUUAGGGUACAGCAUCAUUCUGCAAACCUUUAAUCCAUGUGUUAAGUCAGACCUAAACGAACACCGCAUGCUGUCAGUAAGGACAGUACUACGGUCCUAAAGUACAAUUUAAAAUACUUUUACUUUGCUUGAGUAUUUCCCUUUUUGGUCCUUUAUUCUUGUACUUAACUAAUUCUGAAAGGGAAAUAUUGUAUUUUUCUCAACUACAUUUAUCUAAUAACUUCAUUAUAACCUCCUAAGACCCGAGCUGUUUUUUUAUAUGCAUUUUUUAUUUCUCUUUGCUAUUUGGGCUUAUUGGAACCUGAUAAGUAUAAAAACUAAGUAUCAUCUUUUGACAUGAUGUACUUUUAGAGAAAAAUGAUGUCCACAUAUGUGGACACUGGGUCUGAAUUUCCAUAAAACACAUUAAAGUCACCUUUUUGUAAUAGAGUGAAAAACUAUUUUAUUUCAACCUUGAACACAGCAGUUUUUUCAACUUUCAACUAUUGUUUGUGUUUUGAACAUCAUUGUGAAAAAACACAACAAAAUGAAGAAAAACAAAACAUUUUUGCCCCCUUUGGAGAGUCACAGUUACAGUAUGUGUUAUGUGAAAUUUUGCAUUGCAGCAGUGUGUGUGUGUGUGUGUGUGUGUGUGUGUGUGUGUGUGUGU